AUGGUCUCGGAAACCACCCCUCUUCAGAGACCCAAUGACUACGAAGACGAGGAGUUUAGUCCAUUCGAGCGGCUCAUGGUCCGCAUCGGGUCUUCUAAACGGCUACUCUGGGCACUCGGAUUGAUAAUUGGAUUGCCAAUUGUAUAUUUUCUGAUGGUCUUCUUGCCCAGCUUGGCACCCCCGUCCGCAGACGUCCCGGACUUGAUCAAGGUUGGAAAAGCGCCUGUUUAUCUACACCCGCUAAUACCUCCGAAGAAGCCUGAACUGGUGAAUGGCGAGUCAACUAGUGACAAAUACAACGAUCCCGAGUCGCCCAUUAAAAACGUGCCCAAUUUCGAAAAAUGGAGCUUGCUGGACAAGGAUACCAAAUUGUUCAGGAGACAUUUCAAGAAGCUGGGGGCUGCGGCUUCCCAAAAACCCGUCAAACGGCUCAUCCUCAUUGGAGACGUUCACGGCUCGCUGUUUGAGCUGCAGAAACUCCUGAAACACGUCAAAUAUGACGGCGGACGCCACGACCACGUUGUUCUGCUGGGCGAUUUCCUGGCCAAAGGGAAGAACUCGCUCGGAGUGCUGGAGUACGCCAUCCAGAACCGCGUCGACUGCAUUCUGGGCAACCACGAAUGGGACAUUCUCAAACGGUAUGUGCAGUACCACGGUCUUCCGGGCGUCGGCUUCAACGAGUCGAAAAACGAGCUUCGGGCAACAGAACAGUACGACCUGGACGAGCAGAUGCGGAUCGCAAAACGUCUCAUGCCCGAACACAUCGACUACAUCUCCAAGUGUCCGCUAAUCAAGGAGCUGGGCCCUGUUCCGAGAAUGACGAACAAAAAACGAACAAGGUACGCCUCUGUUCCGGCAAACGGGGUGGCUGUCCAUGGCGGCCUGGUCUGGAGUGUCGAAGAUCUGCAAGACCAGGACCCGGAGGCAGUUUUGACGAUGCGCAAUUUGCUGCCUCCAGAUUACACCGUUCCGACCGAGAACCGCCACGAGGUGGUCGACGGAGAGAAAUCGAAGCCGUGGACACGGUUCUGGACACGGCACCAGCUCGAAGUGGCCGCCAACGCGAGCGACGACGCGUUCACCGCCGGCACAAAAGUGUACUACGGACACGACGCCAAGAGAGGCGUGUGUUUCCGCGAGUUCAGCACGGGGCUGGACUCCGGGUGUGUCUACGGCGCGCAGCUCAGCGCGGAAAUCAUCUGGAGCGAGGUGGUGAGCACGAAGAGCGAGGACCGCAUAGUCUACAGGAGUCUGUUCACCCAGGUCAAUUGCUAA